AUGACUGUUGCAGCUGAAAACACCCUCAGUAAGGGAAAGCAAAAAGGUAAACAGUACACUCGCAGCCGAACGGGGUGUCUUACAUGCAGACAGCGCCACCAAAAAUGCGAUGAGACACGUCCCAUCUGUGGAAACUGUGUAUCGGCUGAACGUCAUUGUGAUUAUCCCACUGCAGUCCUUCCGCUCCGUGAGCGUAGAAAGAAAUGUCUCCCGGGUGAACAGCAACCGUGGACCAAUGCAGUAACAAUUUCUAGAGCUGUCGGGCCUGGUACUGCUUGCGCAGCCCGCCCUAUAAGUAUGGCUUACAGAUCUGACGCGCUGUUUCAUUACUUCUAUGACCUGGAAGAUCCGCUUGACAUUGCCCCCAAAGAGACGCGACAGAAUUUGUUAACAUCUACCAUGCAUAGCAGCGACACACUGCGCAAUACCAUGCUCAUUGCUGGAUUGCAUUUUGCCUGGAAUACAGGCCAGUUGCAGUCUUUUGAGCCCACGUUCUUGUUUCACAAGAUUGAAGCCAUGAACAGUGUGAACAAGUUUCUACGAAACUCGACUAUGAAGUACGCUGUCUGUGUGAGGAAUAUUGCCACUUUGUGCUUCACAGAGUGUGCAAUGGGAAACAUCAUCGCUAGCGAAACGCAUUUGGACGGUCUGAUGAAGUUUAUGGACGUUCAUAGACCACCCCAUAAGCCAAUACUAGCAGAAUAUGAUUUAGAUGACGAGUUGGCGAACCGAUACGUUUUAUUCUCAUACAAUUUCAUACACGGCUUCAAAAGCCGAGUAGAAGAUGUUCUUAUAAACGGCAGUGUCACAAAGACGGGCCAGACGCCAUCGCCUGCUCUUGUGGAAAAGCUUAUGCACGAAUGGCACAAGCACGAGGUACAGGGUCUCGACAUCAGAUUAAAGUCAUUAAAGAUGAUCCCUUUCUUCUUUUCAGAACUACCCCCUAAUACAGAAUUUGUCGAUAUCGAUGGUACAGCCAUGGUGGAAUGCCUAGCCACGUUGACCUCCACUACUCAACUCAGGACGCAGGGGAUGGAUUUUGACGAUCAGCAGAUGAUAUGGCAGGAAGGCGCUGCGACUAGACUUCUGCUGGCCUUUGUUGGCUCCCAUAUCGAUUCUAUAUCUACCAGUGGCAAUAAAGGGCCAGGUGUGAAGAAGGCCCAUCCUAGGAUGACUUCAUCAUGGUCUGGUAUGGCUGCUGCAACAGGCCUUUACCUGCAUACAAUCCUUCGCUUCUGGAACGCUGGCGAGCCGAUAGAAUCGCGCCUUCACCGUCGCGUUUUACUCAUACUCCAACAUGACUUGGAACGCAGUCGACGCACUUCUCGUCCUGCGAGUGAUCUUUGGUUCUGGAAGGCCUUUAUCGGUGCGAUGAGCGUUGAAAGACACGCUAUUUCUUCCACUGAUGGUGUGUUGGAUAAGAUGAAGGGGAUAUACGAAGGCUUUGUUAGAGAGUGGAGUAUUGUAGUUGAAACCAUUCUUUGGGAACGAGCACGAGCGGCGUUGUCUAGUAUCGUAUGGCCUGAGGUGUUUCACUCCGAAGAUAUGGCGCAAGAGCUGUGGUAUAGAUGUGUUUUAUAA